UCUCCGGAGCCGUGCGGGCUCUGCUGCGGCAGCGGGGGCGGUGGCAGCCCCGAUCGCCGCCGGCACCUCCCCGGGGCGGGGACCGCGGGCGGGCGGCUCCGGCGCGGCUCGGCGCGGCUCCGGUGCGCGGCUCCCGCAGAGAUGUCGUGGCAACCACAGUACCGUAGCUCCAAGUUCCGCCAUGUGUAUGGCAAAGCUGCCAGCAAGGAGAAGUGCUAUGACUGCGUGCCCAUUACACGCAAUGUCCAUGACAACCAUUUCUGCGCUGUGAAUCCCCACUUCAUUGCGGUGGUGACUGAAUGUGCAGGUGGGGGGACCUUCCUCGUCAUUCCCAUCAACCAGACAGGCAAACUCAACCCAAAUCAUCCCAAAAUAUGUGGCCACAAAGGGAAUGUUCUCGACAUCAAGUGGAACCCAUUCAAUGACUUUGUAAUAGCUUCAUGUUCAGAAGAUGCCACAGUUAAAAUAUGGGACAUCCCCAAGCACUUGCUGACAAAAAACCUUACCAGUCCGACAAAGGAACUUCUUGGGCAUACUCGAAGAGUGGGCCUCAUUGAAUGGCACCCCACUGCUAACAACAUCCUCUUCAGCUCGGGCUAUGACUACAAGAUAAUGAUCUGGAAUCUUGACAUCAAGGAUGCUGUUAUCUCAAAGCCGGUGAAGACCUUUGAUGCUCAUAAAGAUGUAGUCCUCUCCAUGUCAUUCAACACAGAUGGCAGUCUCCUUGCCACAGCCUGCAGGGACAGAAAGAUACGUCUGCUAGACCCUCGUGCAGGAACAGUCCUGCAAGAAGCCAGCUACAAGUCUCACAAAGUCAAUAAAGUCUUGUUCCUUGGAAACAUGAAAAAGCUGUUCUCUACUGGAACAUCUCGGUGGAAUAAUAGGCAAAUUGCAUUGUGGGAUCAAAAUGACCUUUCUGUGCCUUUACUGGAGGAGGAUCUGGAUGGCUCCUCAGGACUCCUGUUUCCCUUCUACGACUCAGACACCCAUAUGCUCUAUGUUGUGGGAAAGGGUGAUGGAAACAUACGGUACUAUGAAAUAAGUCCUGAGAAACCAUACCUAAACUACCUGAUGGAAUAUCGUUCUCAGUUACCACAGAAGGGAGUUGGAAUGAUGCCAAAGAGAGGCCUUGAAGUGUCAGCUUGUGAGAUUUUCCGUUUCUACAAACUCAUCCCAACUAAAAGCCUGAUUGAGCCCAUCUCCAUGAUUGUGCCUCGACGAUCGGAGUCAUACCAGGAAGACAUCUACCCUUUGACCACAGGAACCCAGCCAGCACUGACAGCACUAGAGUGGCUGAAAGGAGUUAAUAAAGGGCCUAUCUUGGUAUCCUUGAGACCAGGCUCUGGAGCUGAGAAUUCCUUACCACAGUUUUUUGAGCCAGAGCCACUCAUGAAAACUGCCGACCUGAGCCAGCACCAAGGUCAGGGAAGAAAGAUGCCACCAGAGGACAUGCAGAAGCCAAGCAAGAUCGAAGACAGCAGAAAACAGUUGAAAGUGGAGGAGAAAAUGCCAGAAAAUGAGCAAGUGCGCCUCUCCAAUGGCUUUGACGUGUUUGAGUGUCCACCACCAAAAACUGAAAAUGAGCUUUUGCAGAUGUUUUACCGGCAACAGGAAGAAAUCCGUAGACUACGUGAGAUUGUAAACCAGAGAGAUAUCCAAAUUAAACAGCUGGAGCUACAGCUCAGAAACACCUGCAUGGAAACAGGCUGUUAUUGAGGGUGUUGGCCUGAAGCUCUUUGCACCCCUGGCCACUGGAGCAGACUCCAGUUCCUGAGGAUAACUCCUACUAGGGUUUUGCUGGGUAAAAAAAAAAGAUGCUUCAGGCAGCAUGGACUUUCCUGGUUUGUGGUGGUCACAUUUCCCUAAUCGUCACGAGACAGUUAUUGAUGGACUUGCUGCACUUCUUCAGGCUCCCCUUGCUUGCCUGCUCACUGGUCAGAAGCUCAUGCAUUAUUGCUAGUGAAAGACUUUUAAAAAAAUCUUGCUCUUUUGGUCCUGGAGAAGCCACCUGUUAACCUCUAGCAACAACCUGUUUUGCUGUCCCUCCAUGUGACAUUAGGAUGUGAGAGUGAAGGCAGCUGACAGCUUCUUUUCCCAUCCUGGACCAAGCAGUGUGGUUCCUGUGGCCGCUGUCCUCCUGCGCUGGGAAACCAGUGUGCAGCUGAGCUUCAGAGGCACCUCUAGCUCCAAAGUGAUCCUCACACGCCACUCUCGCCUCAUGGCUUAGCCCUGCAUCUGGAUUGGCUAGGCAAAGCUGUGGCUGCCGUGACCUGGUGCUGUGUCUCUCUCUGAGUGGGAGGCUACAAUGGGACUGCCAAGGACUAGCACUUUUGUGGUGGGUAAAGAAGAGUUGGUGUUUUGUCGUCCUACUUUAAAGGAGCAGUGAUGUGGGCUGGUUCCCACCAGAGAAGCUACAGGUGCAGCAGAGGUCUCUGGAUCCUUUGAGUCAGUGGCCUUCUUUCUCUCCUUCUGCCAAAGACCAGCCACAGUCACCUGGGGGCCGUGGUCCUGUGGUGCUCAUCAGAUGAACAAGGACAACAUUUAAAGCUGCACAGUGUUGACAGCGGGGUGUUUGCUGAGAGGGAUUAAAAAGACAAUAGUGGCAUUGGACUCCCAACCCACUGCAGACCUUCCAGCAGCAGUGCUAGAAGUGUGGUGUCAACCACAGGAAGAUAUUAGGACCAUGGCCAGUCAUGAACAGCCCCUCCCUGGUUGCUGGAAUAUUGCUUGUCCUUGUGCCCACAGCUGCUGCUUUCUUAGUUCCCAGGUGCCAGUAUCUUGUCCCAUGCCAGCAACCACCUACAGCUGCGGAAUCCCUCUUUCUAGCUGUGGGAAGUCCCCUGGAUCCUUCAGGGCUGCCCCACCUCCCGAGGCCCUGCAGCCACACUUAUCUGUGCCCUUCUGCACCAGCUCUCUAGCUCACUGCCUUCCCCAGCCCUUUGCUUAGGGCUUGAGCAGGAUGCAGGUCCCAUUCUUGGUUUCAUCUCUGACCAGCUUUUACACAGGCUGCCUUCAAUGUGCCGAGCCAGGCCAGUGGUAGCACUGAUGGAGUGCACAGACCUGCCUGCCUUGUUGGUGCCUGGGGAUCUCCUGUCUUUUGUUUCUGUGGUGUGGGACAAGAGAGCACCGUUGUCAGUUGCCCUGGGGUCAGAGCAUAGCAGCAACACUGGGGGGGGCAAUAUUCUUCUUUCCCCCAAAUGUAUCUUAAACCUAAGCAGAGUAAGUAGCCACUAUUUAACAUGUAAUUGUGCACCUCUCUUGUGACACAUGUGGAAAUGACUACUAUGCCCUGCUAGUUCCUUGAAGUCUAAAAGAAAUAGAGGGGGGGAAAUAAAAAAGCCUGUGUAGUCAGAAAUUCCUGCAAACAGGACUCCUUAGCAAGGGGACUAAAAGCUGUGUACUGCCUGUGCUCAAGUGAGAUGCCCCUCUGGUUAUCUCCCAAAGCAAUAGCCAGCAGGAAACUCGUGGGCACUAAAUACUCCUAUAUGAGAAUCACACACAGACUUUGGCAUCCCUUUUACUCUACUGCAAAGACUUCACCCAGCUUUCAAAAAUAUUUCAUUCAAAUAUUGUUACUUCUUUCUACAGCAUUACAGAGAAGGGGAAGUUGGUCAUGUCCUUCAAGAGGUCCUUUAACAUCAGCCACUUAUUUCAUAGAAUCAUGGAAUGAUUUGGGUUGGAAGGGACCCUAAAGUCCAUCCAAUUCCAGCCCCCUGCCAUGGGCAGAUCACUUCCCACCAGAUCAGGCUGCUCAAAGCCCCGUCCAACCUGGCCUUGAACACUUCCAGGGAAGGAGCAUCCACAACUUCCCUGGGCAACCUGUUCCAGUGCCUCACCACCCUCAUCGUGAAGAAUUUCUUCCUAAUGUCUAAUCUAAAUCUUAUUAUUUACACUGCUCUCUAUGUAAAAAGUAAUAUAUUAAUAACAGAGUUGUUGAAACAAUCUUCAGCUCAUUUCAGAUGCUCUAGAAUGGACUUUCCUUUGCCCUGGUAACACUCUGAAGUAUGCAGUUACAUGCUAAAGCAGCUCACCCCAGAUACAGAGCUUUAAUCCAAAUACAUGGGUCUUCAACCAGAAGUGGUCAGGCUUUCUCACCAAAGAGAAGAGCUACAUAAGAAAUCAAGAAGCUCAUGUUUUUUCUGCCAUGUCAAACAGGCCUGACAGCUUCAAACUUUAAAGCCAUUUUCAUAGUGGGUGGCUCCAGAGAUAUGACACUCUGGUUUUCAAGCUACCAUUUUUCUGAAGGGGGAGAACUUCACAUAGCCUCAGCAAUCCAGGGGAUAUGACACUUUCCUUGUCACCAUAUGUGUUUUAUUUGUAGGACUUUUUUUUUUUUGCUUAUUUUUAAUACAGAAUAAAUUAUUUAAAUUAUUUCCAUGUUAAAGUAAUUUUUUCCAGGGGAUUUUAAAAUCCUCUUGAGGACUGUUUGUUAUCCUGUGACUGGCUAGUAUAGAAAAUGAUUGGCCACCAUGGUUCUUAUCUUAGGGUUUUGUUGAUUUCUCCACUUCUGGAAAAGAAGUUGCUUUCAUUAGGCUUUGCUGGCAAUGUUUGAUAAGGCGAGUCUAUUUAAUCAAAACUUCUUUUUUAGACAGUAUGCUCGUAAAAGCAUAGACUGUGAAAUGUAUUUCAAUUUGGAGCUUAAAUACAACCAUAAGUCUCUCACACAGAGGAAAAAAGUGGAGGAAAUGGAGUUACAUGUUAAUGAACUGUGCCUACAUAGACUUAAGUGAUCAUUGUAAUAGUUUCUAAAACUCCUAAAAGCUUUGUAAAAAACUGUAAAACAUGGGGAUAAAAACCAAAUUUGUGCAAUGAAAAGCAAAUGUAAUUGAAUAAUAAAUAUAUUUAGAGUUUACUUUUUGAUACAUGCAAGGUUGUUCAUUCGUAGUUAUUGUUGAAGCGAUUAAAAAUUACAUUGAAUCAAGGUUGGAAUGGAGUAUCACCUGCUGUCUCUUUUACUUGCGUGAAGUUGUGGCCUUAAUUAGUAGGCAGGUUGUACACAGUCUUAUGCACAUGGGCCUGUUUUCUUAUUGUCUUUCCCUUCUGCCCUUGACGCUACAAAGAGAUGGCCAUUUCAAAAUGUUCUGUGUUAUACUGCUGCCUAUGUUGUCUUGAGUAAACCGAGUCCCUCCUGGAGAAACAUACUAUGUGAUGAGGUGUUUCCUGACCAUGCUCACAGUCCUAGUGUUUCUUUUGUGCAAUACACUCUGACCAGGCUGUUUUAGAUAUUCCCCAUUGGGAAGGUUUAAUGUAUUAUUACCAAAUUUACUAACUAAAAGACCUUUUGAUGUUAAAUGGGAUUUUCAUUAAACAGAGUGAAGCAGCAAUCACAGUACAAGCACAAUAUAACAGCUGCUACUUCUAGGUGGAUCACAAUACAAGUGAAGUCUCUCAUUACCAGUCUCUAUCUGUUAUAUGCUCAUCAUCAUUGUGUUGUUUAUGUCCAGUCACUGGGAAGAAAAGCAUGGGUAGAAGCCAGUUCAAGCCUGUAGCUUUCUUCAGUUUGUUUCGUUGAUUGCUCAGUUUUCAUACUUUAUGUUGAUCUGAGCCCCAUGCUGAUCUGGCUGGCUCAGGAAGACAUUCACACAUUUUGAUUACCUUGCACAACCCUACUGAUCACUCAACUGAUGUGGCAAUUAAUCUAAACCAAAACCCACCCCCUGGUCAUUUAUCCAUUGAGAUAAGUUCGGCUUUCUUUAUAACAUUGUAUUC